AUGGGUCACUUUCGCCAUCAGCACCAUCACCGAGAUCAUCGCUAUCACUGCUAUCGAUCCAGGCCGAAAAGCAACUGGUCGACGCUUCAGCUAUGGCUGGCAACGGCCGGUCUACUGCAGCUGGCGCUUCAUCUUUCCGUCGGAUAUGCCCUCGAGCAGCAGCAGAUAGUGGCGAGGAAAUCUUCCGAGCUGGAUACAUCCACUGCCGUCUCGGUCACUCUUCCGCCUUGCGAACCGAAAGCCUUAGAUGAAAUCCCACCCGACCCGUACUACGACGUGUCGGAAAUCACCAUCAAUGCAGCGAAAUCGUUUGCCGAUUUUCUUGCCGCCAGGAAAAUCGACACCAGCAAAGACGAUCGGAAGUUAAACGUGGCCCGUGAGAAGGCCAACGAACUGGCGUCUUUGGUCCUGCAGGACGAUGACGGCUUACUGGCGGUCGGCAUUGCCUCGCCACGGUUGCCUUUGGCAGUGGUGCAAUUUCGGGACAAAAUCGACGCCGAUCAUGUCAACCUGGCAGACAGUAAAAACUUUCUUUCCACCUACUGGCGCGAGUUGGGAGUAGCUUGGAAUCAGAGUAAUGGUGCUCAAUUCUGGGGCGCACCGUUUCGCGACUGUGGCCCCCUGUACGGUCGGUGGCUGUGGCCAUUCAGCGUGACGGUGGAAUCGCAAGGAUACAAGAUUGUAGCCUCGGCAUUCAUAGCAGCUGAUGUGGACCAAUGCAACGACGCGCUGGAAGCAAUUUUCGGCCGGCGGCAUUCCUGCGACCGAGAAUCUACCUUUUGCCUGAUGUCGGACACGGCAGAUGGGUCCAGUUCCGGUGGACGAGGCAAAUAUACCUGCGUGUGCCGGGAUGGGUACUACAUUCCAAACGAGUCCUUCCAGGGGUUCACGUCGGACAAAAACGAUGCGAAUGUGACGAAUUUUAGCUGCAUUCCAUGCCCGAGCGCGUGCGAGUGCAAUUCAGCCGGAAGCUGCAACCGACCGGACGAAGACUUCAGCACGGAAACGCUGAUGAAGGCCACCAUUGGUGCUAUUUUGGGAGCGUGUAUGCUUUGUUGUUUAGUGUUAGCGUUAAUUGUGUUCCGUCAACGAAAAUGCAAGACCAUUGCAACGGGGAUGUGGACCAUUUUAGAAACAAUUUUAUUCGGAAUUUUACUUUUAUAUUUUGCGGUUGCACUACAUUUCCUGCAAGCGUCGACUUUGCGUUGUUUGCUGGAGCCGUGGUGCCGGGAGCUGGGCUUCAUCAUCUGUUACGGUGCAAUCGUACUCAAACUUUACCGGCACCUGGUGGAAUUUCGCACCAGAAAAGCUCAUCGAUGGGUUGUGAGAGAUUUAGAUCUGCUGCGCUAUCUGUGCGCGAUGAUCGUUGCUGUUCUGUGCUAUCUAGCUGCCUUCACCGCCACCAGCAUGGACUUCCUGCGGUACAGCGAGUUGGUGUGGAAGGUGGAAAACACAGACGAACAAGUCACGUCCAACAUGUGCCGACCGCUCAAGUGGGACUACGUUACCGAGGCGGGAGAACUGCUGAUACUUUGCUUCGGUUUGCAACUGGCCAUUGCAAGCCGUAAUGCGAACACGCAAUUUAGAGAACGGCAAUUUCUGGUGGCCUCAAUCUUGAUCGAAUUUCUAGUAUCGUCUACAUUCUACAUCCUACGGUUCUGGUAUCUGGAGGAGUUCAACCCGUCUACACUAUUCCUAGCGCUAUUCGUUCGCUCCCAGCUGACGAACACAGUCACACUAGGGCUUAUAUUCCUGCCCAAGCUGUGGUAUCAGCAUAAACAGCCCUUCCAGGUUCGUUCCCUUGCCCAUGAUGUAUCAUUCCGCUUACCUGUGGAUGCUUUCAAGGGCGCACAUGACAGUUCCCACCAUGGCGGCGGACUCGGGACCUACGCCGGCAUCUGUGUCGGUGAUCCGGAAGUGGGCGACGUUACCAUCUCCGAGAUGAGCCCGGAGGACAUUCGUGCCGAACUGAAAAGACUGUACACACAACUAGAAUAUUUAAAGAAUAAGACACUUCGACAAGACAAUCCUCAUAUUAGCAAGCGGAGAGGAGGCCGCAAGGUGGCUCAUCGCAGAUUUUCAUUACAGAAAAAAGGAAGCAGAGAAAAGGCACUAAGCGCCAAACAUCGCAACAAUCGUCCAGCGGUCAGCGAAGUGGAAGUGACCGAAGCGGAACCGUCCCGCACACCGGAGGACUCGGUGUGCAGCGUCGAGGGGCCCACCGAUACCGGUGCGGAGAUUUCAGGCGUCUCCUACUCGAAAUAG